AUGGCCGCGGCCCCCGGCGGCCCGUGCGGCGCUAAGCCGUGCGCGGAGCGCUGCGCCGGGGCGGCCCCCCGGGGUUGGGAGGAGGGGGCGGCCCCCCGCUCCCGCUCCCCGCGCUCCCGCUCCCCGCGCUCCCGGUCCCGGUCCGUGGGUCGUGCCGUGGCGCUGGUGUCCGCCUGCUGCCUGGGCUUCGCCAACUCCCUCCCGGGCGAGUUCGUGCACGACGACGUGUGGGCCAUCGUCCGCAACCCCGACCUGGCCCCCCCCCGGGACCGGCGGGACCCCCCCCCGGAACCGGGACCCCCCUCGGCGGGACCCCCCACGGGCCCCCCACCGGGCCCCCCCCCCGGCGGGACCCCGUUCGCCAACGACUUCUGGGGCCGGCCCAUGGACCACCCCGCCAGCCACAAGUCCUACCGGCCCCUCUGCACCCUCACCUUCCGGUUAAACAUAUAUUUGGCUGGCAAGAACCCGUUCUAUUUCCAUGCAGUGAAUAUCAUUUUACACUCUCUAGUGACCCUUGUGCUGAUGUACACCUGUGAUAAAGUGGUAUUUAAGAAUCGCGGACUUGCCUUUAUCACAGCGCUGCUCUUUGCCGUGCAUCCCAUCCACACAGAGGCAGUGACCGGUAUCGUAGGCCGAGCGGAUGUCUUAGCCUGUUUGCUCUUUCUGUUGGCCUUUCUCUCCUAUCACAGGAGCGUGGACAAGUAUUGCGUUGGGGAGAAUUUCCCUCCCACGGUCUCUCCUUUCUUCUUGCUGCUCAGUUUGUUUCUGGGCACUUGCGCAAUGCUGGUGAAAGAAACGGGGAUCACAGUGUUUGGAGUGUGUUUGGUGUACGAUCUCUUCUUCCUGUCCUUCAACAAGGCAAAAUUGAGCAACGGAGAAGCCCACCAGCGGAUUUCCCAGUGGCCUGCGCCUUCCCUCUCGUCCACGCAGCCAUUGUCCUCCUCUCACAAGGAGAAUGGGAAGCAGCGAUUUCCUCACAAAGGGGCCUGGAAUGCCUGCCAACCCCCACUGACCGAAGAGCAGAGGAGCAGUGGACUUCUGGUGUCCCGGAGAGCCUUGCGGGCCAUCCUGAGGUACUUGACAGCAAGCAGCAAUCAGAAUGUCCUGCACACCACAAGGCCAUUUUUAAAAAGAGCUGCUUUGGUCAUCAGCUAUGUGACUGUGAUUUUGUACUUUCGACUGAAGAUAAUGGGAGGUUCCAUGCCACUGUUUUCAGAGCAGGAUAAUCCAGCUUCGUUUUCACCUUACAUUCUGACAAGAUUUCUUACUUAUUCCUACCUCCUGGCCUUCAAUGCUUGGCUUCUGCUGGCUCCAAUUACUCUGUGUUACGACUGGCAGGUUGGAAGCAUUCCUUUGGUAGAAACGCUGUGGGACGUGCGGAAUUUAGCCACUCUUCUUCUGGUGGUGGUGCUGUCCUUACUGAGCUGGCAUUGCUUGGCGGCAUUUAAGAAACUGGAGCACAAGGAAGUGUUAGUUGGCUUGUUGUUCCUGAUUUUCCCUUUCAUCCCAGCCAGCAAUCUCUUCUUCAGGGUGGGAUUUGUGGUGGCGGAGAGAGUCCUAUACAUGCCUAGCAUGGGAUACUGCAUCCUGUUCGUCCAUGGACUAAAUAAACUCUCUAUGUGGCUAAAAAGAUGUGGAGUCACUGUCCUGACUGUGGCCACUUUAUUGCUGCUUUUGCUGUUCUCCUGGAAGACUGUGAAACAGAAUGAAAUUUGGUUGUCAAGAGAAUCUCUCUUCAGGUCAGGAGUGCAAACUCUGCCCCAUAACGCCAAGGUGCAUUACAACUAUGCCAACUUCCUGAAAGACCAAGGCCGCAAUGCAGAAGCCAUAUACCACUACAAAACUGCCCUCCAACUUUACCCUCGCCAUGCAAGCGCUCUGAACAAUCUUGGGACACUGACCAAAGACACAGCAGAAGCAAAGAAAUACUACCGGCAGGCCCUCCAGAUAAAUCCCCAGCACAACAGAGCUCUCUUCAACCUUGGAAAUCUACUCAAGUCCCAAGAAAAGAAAGAAGAAGCUAUCUUCUUGUUAAAAGAGUCUAUUAAAUUUGGUCCAGAGUUUGCUGAUGCUUAUUCAAGCCUAGCUUCACUGUUGGCUGAACAGGAGCGGUUUAAAGAAGCCGAGGAUGUGUAUCAGGCUGGGAUAGAGAAUUGUCCGGAGAGCUCGGAUUUACACAACAAUUAUGGUGUCUUUUUAGUGGAUGUGGGGGCUCCGGAACGAGCCGUGAAUCACUACCAGCAGGCCAUCGAGCUUAGCCCAAGUCAUCACGUGGCCAUGGUGAACCUGGGUAGGCUGUACCGCUCCUUGGGAGAAAGCAGAAUGGCAGAAGAGUGGUACAAACGGGCGCUGCAGGUGGGUCCGAGGGCCGAAAUCCUCUCCCCGCUUGGAGCCCUGUACUACAACACUGGCAGAUACGAGGAAGCGCUGCAGAUCUAUCGGGAAGCAACCGCACUUCAACCUUCAGCCAAGGAGAUUCGUCUGGCAUUGGCCCAGGUCUUGGCGAUGAUGGGUCAGACCAAAGAAGCAGAGAGGAUGACCGACCGCAUUGUGUCUGAGGAACGCGACUGUCUGGAAUGCUUUCGCCUUCUGUCGGCGAUCUACAGCGAGCAGGAGCGUUACGGCAAGGCCCUUGAAGCUAUUGAUAAAGCUCUCCAACUAAAACCAAAGGAUCCCAAAGUCAUAUCUGAGCUUUUUUUCACAAAAGGAAACCAACUAAGGGAGCAGAACCUACUUGACAAGGCGUUUGAGAGCUAUAAAGCAGCAGUGGAACUGAAUCCAAACCAAGCACAGGCCUGGAUGAACAUGGGAGGAAUCAAACACAUCAAGGGUGACUAUAUCUCUGCACGGGGUUAUUAUGAGAAAGCUUUACAGUUAGUCCCCAAGAGCAAGUUGCUUAAGGAGAAUCUGGCCAAAUUGGAUCGCUUAGAGAGACGAUUAAAUGAAAUGCCGGAGAAAGACCAGACCUAAUGGAACUCGGACGGAUGCUCCCGGGACGACGCUAGCAGCCCCGAGGAAGGGAGAGGGAGGGGAGGCUGAGGGGACGGUCGUCUGGCUUCAUUAUCGGGGAGGUUCAUGUUGGAUUUCAGUUGGAAACCCCAUCGCUCGGAGACCUACGACGUUUCUCUUGAUCGGAACGAACAUACGAGGAGUCGAGGAGGUAUUGACUGAAUUUCCUGGGGUUUCCCCUUGGUGUUAUUCCAAGCACGGUUUCAGAUGGGAGAUUGAAUUCCAUUUUUUUUUUUUUUUUGCUCCCCAAAAUAGCCAGGGCGUGGAGCGCUAUAGACAGCCAGGCACCCAACUAUGGUGGGGAGGGAAUCAGGGAAGGAGCGAGGUGUGGAGAAGACACAGGACAAGUUCAUAGGCCACAACAGACCACCCAGUCGGUGACCGAUGAGGAAGAAGAUUCCUACUUCCAUCUUUUACCCAAUCCUUCGCACGCUGUCUGCUGCCAAACCAGCAUCUUGGAGGCGGAAAGAGAGGUAUUAAGGAAAAAAGGAUGGCUGCGCCGUGACUCUUUUCAAAGCCUUACUGGGGUACAGAAGCCCCCCACUCUUGAUUUUCCCAUGCCCCCAUCCCUCUGUGUCUCAAAAGGAGAGAAAGCCGGAAUUACAUUAGGACCUCACCGUCUCUGAAAAAAUCAGAGGUUGGAGCAGACAGGACUCAAAAGGAAAAUGCCUUUGAAUGUUUUAGCCUCAUUAAAGGAUAAUCGUUUUCAUAACAGCUCUCUUCCAUGAUUUCCCUAAUAUUACUAAAAAUAAUUUAUCCACAGAGUUAUUUUUAUGUAAAAAAUAUCAUGCCAUAGAAAUAUUUAGCCUCCGAAA